AUGUCAAAAUUCUUCUCUUAUUUAGGAAAUGCAUGUAAUCUUGGAGAUUUACAGAAUGUAAAGUCUCAACUCGCAGACAUACAAAAGUUAUUGAUAGAAUCCAAUCAUAAGAACCAAGCGAAAAGAAAAAUGAUCUUGUCCGAUGCAGAAAACACUCAACAGCUUUCUGAAGAGAAGAAACUGGCGAUUGUCAAUUUAGCAAAAAAGCAAAGAAUUCUUUUGGAAGCUUUCAAGAAAUACAAGAAUUUGGUUAAAAAACUAAAAGCAAUGAAGGAUCUCAAUACCACAUCUCAAAGGUAGAAUUGCACUACCAUGCAAUGCGGGUUUUCACACUGGUCUUUCAAAGAAGCCGGCGGCCACCAGGGAUGAGGCUUACUGCCGUCUACUUUCUUUGAUUAUAGACUAUUAUAUGCACCCAUCUCGCUUUUUACGUUGUUUGUGACUGUAAAGUAUGUCUGUAUUCGGCAAACCUUAUAGCCAUGGUUUGUGGCUAUAUAUAAAGUACGCCUGUUUUCGGCAUACCUUGCAGCCACGGUUUGUGGCUAUAAAGGAUACGGCCUGUUUUCGGUAUACCUUGUAUAGCCAACCGUUUGUGGCUAUAAAGUACGCCUGUUUUUGGUAUACCUUGUAUAGCCAACCGUUUGUGGCUAUAAAGUACGCCUGUUUUUGGCAUACCUUAUAGACAACCGUUUGUGGCUAUAAAGUACGCCUGUUUUUGGCAUACCUUGUAUAGCCACCCCGUUUGUGGCUAUAAAGUACGCCUGUUUUUGGCAUACCUUAUAGCCACUCCGUUUGUGGCUAUAAAGUACACCUGUUUUUGGCAUACCUUAUAUAUAGCCACCGUUUGUGGCUAUAAAGUACGCCUGUUUUUGGCAUACCUUAUAGCCACUCCGUUUGUGGCUAUAAAGUACACCUGUUUUUGGCAUACCUUAUAUAUAGCCACCGUUUGUGGCUAUAAAGUACACCUGUUUUUGGCAUACCUUAUAUAUAGCCACCGUUUGUGGCUAUAAAGUACGCCUGUUUUUGGCAUACCUUAUAGCCACGUUUUAUGGCCAUAAACGGUACCGAUUGCAUGUUUUCGGCAUACCUUAUAGCCAACCCGUUUGUGGCUAUAAAGUACGCCUGUUUUGGCAUACCUCAUAGCCAACCGUUUGUGGCUAUAAAGUACGCCUGUUUUGCAGCAUUUGGCUACAAACAUCCAUUGAAAAUCGUUUUUCUCAUGUUAACAGGUCUGGUGAACUUUCCGUGAGCUCCAUUGAAAUGCCAACGCAAACUACUCAAAAUCAAUCAACAACAACAUCGAAAAGUGGUGUGUCUAUUUCAAGCUCAAAAUCUGGGCAACCACCAAAUAAUUCGAUUCAAUGUUCAUCACAGAAUUCUCAAAAUCUAUCUAUAAGUACUUCGCAAGGUAAAAAGUCCACUCCCAGCUCUAGACAGCAUCCAGAUCGUUCUGUAUUAUCCCAAAAUUCUCGUAAUCUAUCCACUACAUCCAAAGCUAACGAGUCUUCUACUAUACCGAGAGUCGUAAUAACAAACGCGGCCAAUCCUGGCUUAACAAAAGCAAUCCAGCAAGGUUCAGUUAAAUUUAUAAUACUACAAAAUCAAUCCAACAACUCGAGUCAAGUAGCCUCUCAGCCAAGUCAACCCAAUAGUCUGUCAAGAGUCUCUACGGUUUCAGAAUCUCGGCAAUCAACUGUCACACAAAAUGCUCCACAGUCUGUACUUACAACACAACAUACACGUACAACAAAGGCUACAUUCUUAGCUGGGCUAAAUAACACUUUAACCUCCAAGCAACCAACUGUGACACAAAGUGGAAGGGCGAAUAUGAUGAUGAAACAAUCAUUACCACAAACUCAUACUACCGUAUCUACAGCGGCAUCACAAAGUUCCAAAGCUCCAGCAACGUAUGUUAAUGUAUCUUCUAUGAUUCAAAGGAAUCAACAGUCAUCUAUGCUUCGUCCAACUACUAUGAACCAAACUCUUAUUCCAUCAAACCGGCCUUCAAAUCAAGCUUCUCCUGCUAAAACAUUCUCUCAAACCGUAGCAACAUGUACAGGCCCUCACAUUCCUGCAUCGAGCCAAACUCAGCCACUCACAAUUGGGCUGUGCGCAAGUCAAUCCCAAACCAUUGGAGUCCCCACGACAAGUUUCCUUCGUUCUAGGGUCAAUCAGACCACCAUAAGGCCAUCCAUUACAGCAAACCCUGAAUUAUCACUGGAGACAUUAGUGAAGAAAGGAAUUCUUGCUCCGGGCAAGAAUGUUCUCACAACUUCAUCUGAGGUACGAAAUAUUUUUGCUGCAGCAAGAGUAAACUGAAGUAAAAUUAAACGAACCAAUUUUCGUUCUAAAUCUAAAUUGUUCUUCCUAAAGAUCCAGAAAGGAGAAUACCCCAUUGGUCCAGCAAUAGGAGGAAACCUAAAUCAGGGGGGAAGGGCUUACUGUUCACUCUCGUCCGUUGCGUGUACUAUCCCAACAUUUCCAUUAUUUGAGAUGGCCGAAUCUGCAUACUCGUAGUUCUAUUACGUUUUGCAUUAUUUUUUGUUUAUAAAGUUUAUAUCAGCUUUUUAUCACGUUAUUAUGUAGCCUAUGCUGUAGCACAGUACAGUAAGUUUGCUUGUUUAGAAAGUACAGUAUAUUUGAAAAUAUGACUGUAUAACAAGCUCGACAUGUUUACAUAUUAACCAUGAUAUUUAAUUAAAGCAUUCUGAGUAUAAUAAAUCAAAUCAUUUCAAGAAAUCGACACGCGCUAACAGUAGAUGUUCCGCCAAUCGCUAUUCGAAAAGCAUAAAAUGAACGGCCAAGCAAAUAUUUUUAGGGUGGUGCUGAACGUCCCCAGGGGGUGGUAGACACCACUAUAGGUGAGGUGCACAUCUCCCACAGUAGAUCCGCCCCUGAGUAACCAGCACACCUGGAGAAAACCUAAGAUUUACAGGUCAACUGAAAACACUUUGAUACAAAUGAGGCGAAACAACCCGAAUAUUUCUGCGAUCCAAACCUUUCGCAAAGGUGGAAGGUACUUGCAUAAACCACUUUGUCACCGACACAAUGUUUAAUUUUGGUGUUGUAUCAUUCUUUUCAAGGGAAAACUAUAUUCAGCGUCACUUUCUGACAAAGGAACGAUCAUCUCUGCCGGAGGAGAAGGUUUUACCUCACCAAGAAGUUGGCUGAAAGCAAUCUCAGGGAGCAAACGUAAAGUGAGGAACGAACUUGCUUGGAAAAUGGUAAUUUAUUAUUAAUCAUACCAUCAUGGAUAGCUCUAGCAUUCCUAAACAUUCCUUUUCUUUCUAGCAAUCCAGGAAAGAUUAUCCCUAAUUGAUCCAGUUUUACUACAGGAGGAAACCCAAACUUAGCUACGUUUAUUUACAGUUUACUGGAUAGCUUUGUCAGUUCUAAACUGUUCUCUCCAGAGGUACAAGUAAAGAUCAUCCCUCAUGAAUUGAUCUAGUUUUACUACAGGAGGAAACCCAAACUAAACUAACUUUACAUAUACUGGAUAGUUCUAUCAGUUCUACACUGUUCUUCCGAGAGACUAGAGUACGAUCUCGUAUUGGUUCACUGUUACGUUACCUAAACAUACUUUAUUUAUACUGCACAGCUCUGUCAGUUCUAAACUGUUCUCCCUAGAGGUUCAUUAAGGAUCACCCCUUAUUGCUCUAUAGUGUUCCUACAGAAGGAAAAUGAAAUACCCCGAGGUGUUUGGUAAAGUCCAACUAUAAAUCACUUUGCUAUCAACACCGUGUUUAAGAUAUAGGGUAUAAGUUAAAAAAGAGUUGUGUAAUUACUGUAACUUUGCAGCCCAGAAGACUUUACAAUACUCUUCCAUGAUAGGUUUCAUACAAGAACAAGCCAUUGCUAGAUCAGGCUUGUACCCUUACACCCGAGUCAACAAAAGUAACAGAAACAUCGGUCAACUUGAAUUUAGAAGCCCACCAAGCUCAAGGUCCCAUACAAAGCAAGAUUUCUCGAAGCGACACAAGACGAGAGCUUAUCAACACAACUCAGGCACUCAAAGCUUUAUUAAGUAAUUGUCGAGUCAUUGGAAUAAACAAGGAGGAAGUUCUUUCCUCGGAGCAGGGGCAGAAAAAUGUUUGGGACAAUGUUGAUAUGGAAUUACUGAAUGAUGAUAUUUCAAAGGCUUUAAAUUUUUAA